GUGUUCAGUGGGAAACGCCCCGAGUCGGAGCUGCCACCCCAGCCCCAGAGCACUUUCCGCAAGCCCCCCACGCCACCGCCCCCCGAAGCUGGGGGUCAGCACUCCCUCACCUGCCUUGUGCGGGAGCGGGACCUCUCGCUCUUCGAGAAGCUGGGCGACGGCUCCUUCGGCGUCGUGCGUCGUGGCGAGUGGUGCACGCCUGCCGGCAAGACGCUGAAUGUGGCGGUGAAGUGCCUCAAGACAGACGUGCUGAGCCAGCCAGAGGCAUUGGAUGACUUCAUCCGGGAGGUGAACGCCAUGCACUCCCUGGACCACAGGAACCUCAUCCGCCUCUAUGGCGUGGUGCUCUCCCACCCCAUGAAGAUGGUGACAGAGCUGGCCCCGCUGGGCUCCCUCCUGGAUCGCCUGCGGAAGAACCAGGGCCAUUUCCUCAUCUCCACCCUUUGCCAGUACGCUAUCCAGGUGGCUAAGGGCAUGGCCUACCUGGAGUCCAAGCGCUUCAUCCACCGCGACCUGGCUGCCCGCAACAUCCUGCUGGCCUCCAACGAGCUGGUCAAGAUUGGGGACUUUGGGCUGAUGCGAGCCCUGCCCAAAAAUGAUGACCACUACGUGAUGCAGGAGCAUCGCAAGGUCCCCUUCGCCUGGUGUGCUCCCGAGAGCCUGAAGACGCGCACCUUCUCCCACGCCAGUGACACCUGGAUGUUCGGGGUGACCCUCUGGGAGAUGUUUACCUACGGGCAGGAGCCUUGGAUCGGCCUCAACGGCAGCCAGAUCCUGCACAAGAUAGACAAGGAAGGCGAGCGGCUGCCACGGCCCGAGGACUGUCCCCAGGAUGUCUACAAUGUCAUGCUGCAGUGCUGGGCACACAAGCCUGAGGACCGACCCACCUUUGUGGCCCUGCGGGACUUCUUGGUGGAG